CACGUAUUCAUUUUUUUUUUACACUGGAUUUUUCAUUUUUAUGCAGUACUCCUUUUUUUUAGGGCGAAUAAAAAAGAGGGAAAUAUUGGCGGGAAUCUCCUCAUCUUUGAAAUUAAACUUGACGCCAAAAAAUUGCAACAAAGCAACAAAUCCUUAACGAUUCAGAGCAAUUGUAGAUCGCCAAAAACCAAGCAUGCAAUCCAAGAUCAGCAAUUUCUUCAAUCGCAGAGUACCGCCGCCAAAACCCCCCCAAACAGCAGCCUCAGAUUCUCCAUCAAACCCUCGAUCGGAAAACCCAGGACCCUCACCAUCCUGCAGUAGCAAUGGAGAUGCUAGUCAACAUAGUAAAGAAGAAUCAAAGAAAUGUACCCCUAUCCCAAAUGGAAACCUGAAAAAGAAGAGAAGUUAUGCUCAACUUCAUUUGGAUUUGGGACAAUCUGAUUUCCUUCUACACACUUGUUCCGUAUGCGGCUUCAUGUAUGUUUGUGGGGAUGAAGGGGAUGAGAAGGUUCACAAAGAAUUUCACAAGGAUUAUACGCAUGGUAUCCAAUUCAAGGGGUGGAACAAUGAAAGAGUUGUUAAUUUGCCUUCAACCAUGGCUGGGCGCGUAAUUUUGGUGUUGGAUGGUGAUCCUCCUGCUCAUAAGAAAAAGGUUCAAAAGGUUGUUGAGAUGAUGGAGAUGGACCUUGGAAGUGGAUGUCUGAUUCAUAAGCUCUACAAGGUCUAUUUGUAUAUCUUGCAUCAGAGGAUUGCUGGUUGUCUAAUUGCAGAGCCAAUCAUAGUUGCUUACAGAGUUCUUUCAAACUCGGAGGCGCCAAAAAGCAUUAAAGGUACCAAUGCAAACGAUAACGGAUCAAAUUCAUCGACGCUUCAAUUUGGAGGUAUUAAUUUCCAAAGAGAGGCCGUGAAAAGAGCUCCUUCAGCAAUUAAUCCUGUGGCAUUAGAGGAAAAACACACGGGAGCAGUAUUCCUUGCAAACGAAGCUGUUCCUGCUACUUGUGGGAUUAGGGCAAUUUGGGUUGCACCCUCUGUGAGGAGGAAGCAAAUUGCUAGUCACUUAUUGGAUGCUGUAAGUUCGAGCACGGAUUUGCUGAUUUCCUUCCCAAUUUUGCUCAUCUUCCUCAGGAUGAGCUUCUGCGAAGGUUUUGUGCUGAAAUCAUCUCAGUUGGCAUUCUCGGAUCCUACGUCCUCUGGAAUGGCAUUGGCUUGUAGUUACUUUGACACAAGCUCGUUUUUAGCCUAUAAGAGUGAUUGAAAUGUGAGGGAAUUGUUUACUCUGUAAGCCUUUAUUUACAGAUUUCAAAGACAGCAUACACGUGCAUGUUUCAUAUAGAUACACAUAUUUUGUUUUCUCUCUUGAGCUCUUCACCUUCUCUUAGUUAUUCAUGUGCUUCAAUCCCAUUUGAAGGUCUAUUUCUUCCCAAACAUUCUUUGAGAAUACAUUAGCAUCUGGCAAAGAACAAUGCAAGGCUAGAUUAUAUGUGGCAGUUGAGCCUUGUGUACUUAAUAUGACAUUUUACAUUGACAAAUUUUAGCCAACGUGACAACAAGAAAUAUGAAUAAGUUGCAAUGACUAUCAACUUUUACUUCUCGAAAUAGAAGUGGCGACUAUCACCUAACAUUAAUUGUUCCACAUUGCUUUUGAAAACGAACAGAAAAGCGAAGCUAAACCGAAAAGUAACUGGAAUUUAUGUAGGACAUCCUUUAUUUGUUGAGUAUGGCCACCGUCUUUGAACCAGUUCUGGCUGAUUUCGAUUGGUUAUGUACUUCUCAAAUGUUUAACAUAAGUGAGACGAAUUGUCGUCACCUAAUACUUUCUAUUAUUUUACCAUUUUGGAGUCAAUCUAUUAAACAAACAUCACAUAAAUCUUCAGGAGGUUUCACGCGAACAGUUUAGUAACAAGAAACUGUCAUAAUAAACGAAAACAAAAUACAUUCCUGGAAACAGAUACAAAAUACAGUUUGUCAAACAAAUCUCUAGUAAUAAAAGCAAAAAUCAUAAAACAAAAAUGACCCUGAAAAAAGGCAAAUACGAAGGACCAAGGCGAAAUCAGACCAUCCUACUGUCUGCACCGAGUGUUUUCACUUUUGAUUGACAGUAAGCUUUCUGUGAACAAAACAACCUGUAACAAACUUGGAAUUCCAUGUAACGAACUUGGAAUUCCAUGGAUUGGAAGUUCCUUAAUUUCUUGGGUAUUGAGGUCACAUGACACCAGCUGCCCAGUGCUACUUUCCAUGAGCAACUCAUCAUCCUUCCAAAAUGUCAAUGGCCCGUGGAUUCCUACUAGUGGUCCGAUCAUAUACAUACGAGUCCAAGACUCCUUAACCCCAUACUCAGGCAUCACCCAAAUGUCAUACUGUGUCUCCACCUGUUGAGGUUCAUAAACUAUCAGGGCAAGCAAAUCAUGCAAGACUGAAAGACUAUAGUUGGAACAAACAACUGGGAAUGGAAUCUGUCGGAACACCUCCUGAUGAAUAUCGAACGCUAAGAUGGAUUCAGUAACCGGGUCAUGAUCUUCAGGACAUCCGUAAAAGUGAAAAGACCCAUUGAAGAACAUUUCAAAGCAAGGAAAAUGCGUCACACAAAGUGGGACACUGGCGUCAACAUGUCUCCAAGAAUCACUACUCGAGUCGAAUACUUGGACCCUUUGAGAAUCGUAAACAUAAACAUCUUCGUCGUCGUUGAAAAGCUCAAUGAUCCUGACUAUCUUGUAGUUAUCGUCUUGCGAGUCGUAUCCGAAUCCAACUCCCUCAGUCAGGGACUUGAGCCCUCGCGGGUACGAAAAGGGCGGGACAGGGACCGCCUUGAAUUCUCUGGUGGCAGGGUUACAUAAAACAAUGUUUACGUUAUUGGUUAAGCAAACUAUGCCAUUGCAAGGGCCGAACACUUGCACAACACCCUGAAGGGUCAAGCCAGGGCCGAAAAGAUCAGAUGGCAAUCGAACGGGGUUUGUCGAUGAUGCAGUUGUCGUCGGGGCUUCGGAAGAGUAAAAGGAUAACACAACUUCACUAUUAUCAUCGUAAAUACUACUGCGCUGCUGUUGGGGGUCUGCGGUUGUGAUGGAUCGGACGACAAGGAUAGAAUCAUUGUUUCUGGUAAUGCGAUUACGGUGAUGAUAAUGCAAAUCAACGAAAUGGGGGUUUUGAAUUAGAGCGAACCAGGUUUUGCAGACGGUUUGAAUCGCAGGAGGGAUUUCGCCGGAAGCCUCGACAGGAUUUCUACCCAUACCUCUUCCGGGAGUAGCGGCGGCGGCAGCGGUAAAUCGCCCAUCUCCGUACCCAUUGGAUCACGGAAAGAUAGAUGAGAGAGAGAGAGACGCCCAACAACAAAAUCAAGGUU